ACGCAAAAUUGCUCGUCGGUAAACAACGCCUACGAAUUUGGCGCCACGAAAGCCGAUGAGAGUGAAUAAAUUAGUUUAAUUUGUGCUGCCUGCUGUAAUCAUGUAUUCUCCGCACAAAGCGCUGUCGACGCCAGCGGCACAGGAUUUUGGAUUUCCGUACACACCAUACGACAUACAGGAGCAACUGAUGCAGCAACUCUUCCAGGUGCUCGAGCACAAACAAAUUGGAAUUUUCGAAAGUCCCACAGGUACCGGCAAAUCUCUGACGCUCACCUGUGGCGCACUCACCUGGCUGCACCAGCACGAACAACUGGUGCGUACAGAGCUGUUGCAGCGUAUUUACCAAGUAGAGUCACAACUGAAAAAGCUGCAAAUGGACAGUGCGCAGGCCGAGGAUUGGAUAACAGCGCAAGGCAAGACACGGACGCAACGCCAGGAGCUAGAACAUCUCCAACGUCUCCGCGAUCUGCUGCAGCAAAGAGAACAAGAACUGGAGCAGAUCAAGCUACGCAAAAGGCAGCAACAGCAGCAGCAGAGACCGGCAAGACGAGCGAGCGACCUGUUGGCAGCUAAGGAAGCUCCAGUCGAUAAGGAGGAGCUCCACUCAGAUGACGAGCUGGAGGACGUAGAGGGUGCCCAAGAGGAGCAGCUGGCAGAGCCACAAUCGGAACGUUUCCGUGAUGUACAAAUCUUUUUCUGCAGUCGCACGCACUCGCAGCUGGCGCAGAUUGUGGCCGAGCUGCGUAAGACGCCGCAUGGACAAAAUGUGCGCUGCAUUGCGCUCGGCUCACGGCAGCAGUUGUGCAUCAAUGCGCAGGUGCGCAGGCUGCCCAACAUAGCGCUCAUCAACGAACGCUGCCUGGACAUGGCGCAAGCUAAGUCCAGCUCCAAGUCGCGACAGGCGCUCAGCAGCUGCGUCUACAAGAGCUCCGCCCAGCUGCAAAGGCUUAGCGAUGCGGCGCUUUGCGAGCCGCUGGACAUAGAAGAACUGGUCGUUGAGGGUGCCGCCUGUGGCGCCUGCCCCUACUAUGCCACACGUGCCGCCCAGUCCCAGGCACAACUGCUGCUGCUACCGUAUCCAUUGCUGCUGCAGCGCAGCGCACGCCAGCAGCUGGGCAUCGAUCUACGCGGCGCCAUUGUCAUUGUGGACGAGGCGCACAACCUGCUGGACACCAUUGCCCAGCUGCACAGCAGCGAACUGAAUCUUGCCCAGCUGCAGCUGGCCAAGCAGCAGCUGACGGGCUACAAGCAGCGCUAUGCUCGGCGCCUGAGCAGCGGCAAUCUGUUGCGUAUCAAUCAGCUGCUCUAUGUCGUGCGCCGGCUGCUGCAGCUGCUCGCGGCGAAGGGAGAGCCGCGCAUGCUGCGCACCUACGAGCUGAGCGCCGAGGGCGACUUCUUUAAUAUUGACCUGCAUGCGCUACUGGAGUUCUGUGCACGGACGCGCCUAGCCCAGAAGAUGCAAAGCUUUGGACGGCAGCUGCAGCGCGAGCCGCAGCCCAGCGAGAACCGUCAGCCGCCCACGCAGCAGCUGCUCCAACGCCUGGCCGCUCAGCAUGAGCAGCAGACCCAGACGCUGGGCCAACGCAAGCAACAAACGGAGCAAAAGGCGGCUGAAAAAUCGAAACAACAGUCACAGCCGGCGCCUCCAGCUGCCACCCCAGCUAUGCCCUCGCCCUUCCGGCCGCUGAUCGCAUUUCUGCAGACGCUCACCAGCAAUGCCGCCGAUGGCCGCGUGCUGCUCAAUCCAGAGACUUCCACACUCAAGUAUUUGCUACUCAAUCAUGCCGAACAUUUUGCGGACAUUGUCAAAGAGGCGCGCGCUCUCAUCAUAGCAGGCGGCACCAUGCGACCCACCCAGGAACUGACGGAACAGCUGUUUGCCCAGUGUCCGGAGCGCGUGGUCGAGCGUUUCUAUGACCAUGUGGUGCCAGCGGAUGCUGUGCUGCCAUUCAUCCUGCCCACGGGACCAACGGGCGCCAGGCUCUGUUUCAGCUAUGCCCAACGUACCAGCCCUGCCAUGCUGAAGGAGCUGAGCAUGGUGCUGCAGAACCUUUGCGGCGUGUUGCCAGCGGGCGUGGUUUGCUUUUUGCCCUCGUACGCCUACCUGGACACGGUCUAUGAGCAUCUGGAGCAGAGCGGCGUAUUGCAGCGGAUUGGUCUGCGCAAGCGCAUCUUUCGUGAAACGGCUGGAGGAGCUGGAGUCGAGCAGCUGCUGCAGCAAUAUGCCAAUGCCAUUGAUCAGACAGCGGGCGGCGCUCUGCUGCUGAGCGUUGUCGGCGGCAAGCUCUCGGAGGGCCUCAACUUUGCCGAUCAACUGGGUCGAGGCGUCAUUGUCGUCGGUCUGCCGUAUCCCAAUCGCACGUCACCCGAACUCAAGGAGCGCAUGCGACACUUGGAUGAGACGCUGGGCAACGGCGCUGGCAACGAAUAUUACGAGAAUCUCUGCAUGAAAGCGGUCAACCAGUGCAUCGGUCGCUCGGUGCGACACAUACGCGACUACGCCUGCGUCUAUCUGCUGGACGAGCGCUACGUCAGCGAGCGCAUCCAACAGAAGCUGCCAGCAUGGAUUGCCCGGCACAUCAGCGUGGCCAGCGCGGGCUUUGGAGCGGUUCAAGCGAGAACGGCGCGAUUCUUUAAGGCCAAAACGUAAGAUCAGAAUCCCAAUCUUGUCAACUACUAUACAAAGGGAUGGGAGAACCAAUGGAGAGAACUUGGACAGAGAUUAAAAGGAAAAUUCUAGGGGCAGCUUAGCAGCAGCCAGCGAUGGUUAGAGGAUCUUUGUGGCAAUAUGAUGCGGAUACAUUUCGGACUGAGCACGGCUGAAGCAUCUGCUGAAGAACUAUGGAAAAUAUACCUAAGGAGAGCAGAAAUAAAACUUAAGCAAAAUUUAUAAGGGACUUGGCAAGUUCCAACUAGGAUUAGAGUUAUAAUAGGCAGGAGUUCCGCCAUGUGAAAGCAUUGCUUGAAUCUUUGUGGCAAUUCUUGAGGUCAACUUAAAGUUGCUUGAGCAUCCGGAGUAGAUCCGUUGGGGAAAGCAAACUAAACAGAUAAAGCUUUAUAUUUAGGAGUCAUUAUAGGGCAGGGGUAGUCCUUUGUCCUUGCCUUCAAGGCAAUCCGUGAAACUUCCAAGGAAACAAAGUUCGUCAAGUCUCAGUGGAACUGUUAGGGGUAUUCCCGAAGCUAAAACAAAGAGACGCAUAUGUUUAAGUAUAUUAAAACAAAUUUCAUGUAUUAUAUUGCUUAAGAUAUACAAAUUCAAGAUAUAA